GUGCAAGCGGACGGUGCUCUAAAUUGACGAAUUACACGCGUUGCAUAGUUCGCUGGGAGCAAAUAGUCACAACAAUAGAAGAUCGUUUUUUCUUUUGUUCAACUGUGCGCCGCGACGACGACGCCCGAAUCGCGACGCGAAGCCACGAUCAUCGCCGGGCGGGACGGCGCGUGAGGUUGCAUCGCGCGAAGAUCAGUUGGAACGAACGUCCGAGCGAUAUUUGGUGUGCAAAUCCAAUGCUCUCGUCGCGUCUUUGCGAUCGGUACGGUAGCGACGACGGUUCGCGUAAUUUUCGAAAAAAGCCGAAGAUCGAGAGCAUCGAAGAGAGUGGUGAUCGUCGCGGCCGACGUCGAGGUUUGGUUUUAAACUUGUUUUCUUUUGGUUCUUUUAUUUUUGGCUUGGUGCGGCGGAGUAGGGGCACGAUCGCGUGGAGAUCUCAACGCCACCGUCUGCUGCAGUGAGGCGAACGUUCGGAAGAAACGACCCGUGGUCGUCACCAGUCUUCGAUAGUGAGUGAGUGAGUGAGAUUGUUUCGCGUUCGCGGCGCGCGUCCAGGUCUAGGCCAAGUGACAGUGACGGAUUACUCAACGGCGGUGACAUUCAGGUCUAAGGGCGUGCUUGCUGAAAAGUUAACGGGAAGGUUUCGGGUGGUUGUGAAAGUUCUGGGUCCUCGACGGAGCAUCCUUCAGAGCUUAUCCGCGGCAAGUGAGUGCCCACGCAACGAAGAUCGCGGGCGCGUCACGACACGUUCCGAUAGAUAGUAGGUGUGCGGUUUUGAAUCGCAACGAGCUCAAGGAAUCUUCAAGGUGCAAACGAGCGAAACGAUAAGAAAAGCGAACGUGCAGCGGGUGAAAAUCUCUCGUAAUUUUGACGGAUAAGAGAAGCGUGUAAAGUGAAGCGAUUGAUAACAACGGCGCAGAGGAGUGGGUGCAACAAAAGUGAAAUUAAUUGAUUUUCCGUCCAAUUGGAAGGUGAAGAAGGCCCGACGCUUAAACCUGUUGAGGUAUUAAUUGAAGGUGAAUUCGGAUGAACGUGGUGCCGUACGCGCUGGGAAGCAGCAGUGAAUUGAUUGAUCAUCGCUUGGGAGCCGACUCAAUCGUUAAUUCGUGAUAAUCGACGCAGACAACAUCACUUUGGGCCCGAAAUUAUACUUGAAAAAGCUGCGGAAGCGCAGCGAAGAGAAAGAAGCAAACGAAAAAAAAGUGCAGUUAGAUAACCCAGUGCAGCGUUGGAAGAUUUGCAAGUGAUCCCAGGAUACCCGUGUAGACGACAACAGAAGAAAAAAAUAUCCAGAGGAAGAGUUCCACCGAGGAAGGAAAAUAAGUGAAGAGUGAUUUGGAGUGCCUUUCGUUGACGUCGUUGUCAUCGUUGUUUGAAGUGUUCCGGUCCUCCUCCGGUGGAGUGUGAAAUCAAUUCAGCGCUUUUGGAGUGCGUUUUUUUGUGAAUGUUUCGAAAAAGCUUGUGUGGAGUUUUUCCGUCAAUUAAAAGUGACAUCAAUCGUUGAGGUGUGUGUGUUUUACGGGCGCAACGCAUCGCUGGAAGCAGGUGGUGUCAACUUACGUCGUAGGACUUCGCAGCUGCGCCACUCCCAAACAAACAAAACUUAAUCAUCCCCCCAAUCCCUUAUCCAUCAUCACGAUUCCCGCGCCACGCCCUCUGCCGGCCCAAAUCCCAGUGCCAAUGGUGAAGUGACCGUUGCGCUCUAGCCGUACGCGGUAACAUCGAGGGCACCCCACGCACCUAUCUUGACUUGAUCCCAGUGAUCCCUUCCCAGUCCCUAGUCCCUCUCCAGCAGUAAAUCUCCGGCGUAUCAUCACCGACCGCAAUCAGCUGAUUAGCGGUGAAUCCCCCUCGUAAUCCUCUCCCCUACCCCACACAUAACGAAGCGCUAUGUUAAACUGUACGGAUUUGGCCUGCGUGCUGCACCACCACCACUUCUAUGCGCAUCUGCAUCACCUGAAGCACCAUCUGCAGGAUGACCACGACCACCAUGGGCACCAUGGCCACCACGAGAGCCACGACCAUCAUGAUUCAGCUGGUGGAGAGGGGAGUGACGUAGAAACCAACAACAUUCAGGAUCUGCUAAAUGAUACCGAUUCAGAACUUUCCUCCCUAUCGCAUGUUGAUGCUCCCAACGAUGUCCUGUAUAUGGUUUGUGGAGUUGUCAUUGCCAUGCUCCUCGUGGGCCUCAUCAUAGUUUUAGUAGCAGUCACAAUCAGCAAACUGAGAAAGCGCGAAGAAUCGUCCGUGAGUCCAGUGACGGCGACCAACAACGUGGAAGCUGCACCACCGUCGUCGAACCACAACAACACCCAUCAUAACCAUCAUCAUAGCAGCAGCACCAACAACCAUCAUCACAACAAUCACCAUAGCAGUAGUAAUAACAACAGCAGUCAGCUGGAGAAUGGCUACUCCGUGCCGACUCCGGUGGCGUUCCGGCAAAGCCCGUCCAGUGUGUGGGUGUUUCCUCCGCUACCGCCGCAGCCUAACCUGUACCACUACAACGCCAAUAGUCAAGACGCGUUAGUACACAACGAGAAGACCGGCUUCAAGGGACUGAAGCGACAGCUAUCCGGGCGCUUCAAGCGGCUGGUGUCGCGAAAAUCGCACGAACCCGCCCCGGCGAUACCGCCCGAGCUGAAGCCCCAGCUGAAGACCAUCUACGUUUAUUAAUAGUAACAGCAGCAGCACAAAAACAAAAAACAAAACAAAGCAAACAACAGCGCAAGAAACGUUAACUAAGGCUACAAUAACACUUAUCUUUAAGAGGACGGAUAACUGUAAACAGUACUAACUAUAAUAGAGAUCAGUUUAUUUUUUUUUCGAUUUAAAGAAGUAGGAGCGUACUGCUAAUUGUGAGAUUAGUGUUCGAGGUUUUAAUCCUGGAGAAUUUUUUGACUUUUCUUUUACGUUUGGAACGAUUGUGAGAGUCGAGUUUUAUGAUAGUGAGAAUAAGUGAAGGAUUUUUCUUAACUGAGCGAUAGGGACCAAUUUUCUUUCCAGGAUGUCAAAUUUCCUAUGAGCAAGAUUUCAAAUUUUUGUACCACGAAGAAUGAGAAAAAAACGAAGGUUGAUAUUAAAAUCAGAUUUUUUAUGAGACGAAAGUUUUCCGCUUGUACUCUUCACAGUUUUCGGAGGCUUCAACGCCAACCAACCACACACGAUUGAUAUUGAUCCGCCAUUCCAGUUUGUCGAUUUUUCGUUAGGAGUGACUAGCCCGUCUAGUGCACUACAAUGUCCAGGAGAACCGCGAAGCUUAACGAUACAGAAGUAAUUAUUAUUAUUAGUAAACCUAGAAGAAGACUGACACACACAUGAAAUCCAUUUUUUUUUGUUUUGUUAGGCAUGCGAAGGGACAACGUAAAAUAUACAUAAAACAUUCAUACACACACACAAAUGAGAGGAGAGCCAAUCGCGCUCAGCCGCUCUGAAGGCCCCCUUCUUUCAGAGACUGGAUUCGAGCGUCUGUGUAAAAACAAGUUUCAAUGUAGUUCUGCUAGAUUUCUGUAUUUUUUUCCUAUAACAACCAGAACAGAAAGUAUUUUCAUGUUUUCUUACCCUCUAAUUUUACGUAGCAAAAUAUGUUUUCAUUAGAACAAGAAGCUUCAACUUAACUAAAUUAGAUAAAACAAACGAAUCAAAACAAAAGAAAGCAAUAUAAACAAAUUUACUAGUGUAAUCGUAGCAUGAACGGCAGAACGAACACAGCCUCACGGCACCCCCCAACGCUAGGCGAUAGAUAUUUAUUAUUUUGUCGUGUAGUCAAUCAGCUCCACUCCCAUUUUGUGUUUAGGGCAGCUCAAAAUACUUAGAAACAACCUUAUUAAAACUGCAUUCAAAGCCGAAACGAUGAUGAUGAUGAUAAUGAUGAUUCUUAAAUUGCGCACCCUUCCACCUUAAAAACAAAAUCAGGACAAACCACGCGCGCAUUGAACAAAAAACGAUCACGUUGUGUACUAUAGUAGCUAAACUCAAUCGAGAAAAAAUAUUCCAGUGUUGCUAGUAGAGAUGCAUGCAAAACCGCACGCAACGGAUACACAGGAAAACCCAAAAAAAAAACAUCUGAAAUUUGAAAACCGUAGGCUAUAGGUGAUUGUAGUAGGCGUCGAAAAAAGGAAAAAAGAGGAAGAAAACUCGGAGAGCAGGAAAGUUCACUCACAUUGAGUGCCGCCAAAACUGAAAACUGAAUCCCCACAUAAACACAAACACACACAAACGCACACCACAAGAACACAAGCAGAGACAGAACGGGAGGUGAAGAAAGCCACCACCACCGACGCCGAGUGGUGCGAGGUCGCAGUUAUCCAGGGACGGUGGACCGACACAAUAGAGUCCCCCGAGCCCUUUGGGUCAGGUGACCACCCCCUCCCACGGAAAGGUGGUGGAUUGCUGACAGCCUCGUGUAAGCUAUACGCGCGAUAGCCGUAGAAGCCAGAGGAACAGAGAUAGAGAAGUCGGUGUAGUUUGACCGACCCGUGGUGUGACAGAUAUAUAAACUGCAA